CACACUUCAAUCCACUUUGGCACUCUGCUUAUCUUAUCGCUUGGAGCAGCCGCUGGAAAAAUAUUUCGAAGUAGACUUUCCAUUGGCAGCACAGCGCCUCCCGUCGCCCUCCAACACCGCCCCCGCAGCCGGUCCCUAUCCUUCAGACCGUCCUCAUUGUCUUGCACUUCCAGUCCGAGAUUUCUCACUAGCAAGUGCUUGACAUCUAUACCCAAAAUGACGUGGAAGGACAUUGCCCCUGUGCCUACGGCACAGGAAUUCAUCGACAUCAUCCUCUCGAGGACACAGCGUCGCUUGCCGACUCAGAUUCGUGCCGGUUUCAAGAUCAGCAGAAUUAGAGCCUUCUACACCCGUAAGGUCAAGUUUACACAGGAAACAUGCAGCGAAAAGUUCGGCGCCAUCGUCUCGAGCUUCCCCAUGCUCACCGACCAGCAUCCUUUCCACCGCGAUUUGAUGAACAUUCUCUACGAUGCCGACCAUUUCAAGGUUGCCCUCGGUCAGGUCUCGACCGCCAAGCACUUGAUCGAGACCAUCUCUCGUGAUUACGUCCGUCUCCUCAAGUACUCGCAAAGUUUGUACCAGUGCAAGCAGUUGAAGAGAGCCGCCCUCGGUCGUAUGGCCACCCUCAUCAAGCGUCUGAAAGACCCUCUCGCCUACCUCGACCAGGUCCGCCAGCAUUUGGCCAGAUUGCCCGAUAUCAACCCUACCACCCGCACUCUCCUCGUUGCCGGCUUCCCCAACGUCGGCAAGUCUUCGUUCGUGCGCUCCGUCACCCGCGCUGAUACCCCGGUCGAGCCCUAUGCUUUCACCACCAAGAGCUUGUUCGUCGGCCAUCUCGACUACAAGUACCUCCGUUACCAGGUCAUCGAUACCCCCGGUAUUCUCGACCACCCUCUCGAGGAGAUGAACACCAUUGAAAUGCAGUCCGUUACGGCCCUCGCCCAUCUCAGAGCCGCCGUCAUGUUCUUCAUCGAUAUCUCUGAGCAGUGCGGUUACUCGCUCAAGGCCCAGUGCAACUUGUUCAGGUCCAUCAAGCCCCUUUUCGAGAACAAGAUGGUCUACGUUGUCCUGAACAAGAUGGAUAUCAAGACCGUUGAGGAGCUCGACCCCGAAUCCCAGGCCGAUCUUAUGGACCUUACCAAGUCCGGCAACAUUCAGCUUUUGCGCGCCUCUUGCGCUACCCAGGACGGUGUCCAAGAAGUCAAGAACGCCGUUUGCGAGGCUCUCCUCGUUGAGCGCGUCAACCAGAAGUACAAGGCCGGUACCAGCAGCAACGGUACCAUGGGCUCCCGUCUCACCGAGGUCAUGUCCCGUAUCCACGUCGCCCAGCCCGCCGAUGGUGUUCUCCGCGAGACCUUCAUUCCCGAGGGUGUCAAGGGCCUCAAGAAGUAUGACAAGGCCGACCCCGAGAGGAGGCUUUUGGCCAGGGAUAUCGAGGAGCAGAACGGUGGUGCUGGUGUCUUCAACGUCGAUCUCAGGGAGAAGUGGAUCUUGGCCAACCCCGAGUGGAAGUACGACAAGAUUCCCGAGAUUGUCGACGGCAAGAACGUCUACGAUUUCAUCGAUCCCGAUAUCGAGGCCAAGCUGGCCGCUCUCGAAGAGGAGGAGGAGCGUCUCGAGAAGGAGGGCUUCUACAAGUCGGACUCGGACCUCGGCGACGAGUCGGAGGAGGAGAUCCUGCAAAAGGCCGAGUACAUCCGCGAGAAGCACAAGCUGAUCCGCAACGAGGCCAAGAUGAAGAAGUCGCUCAAGAACCGCGCCAUAAUCCCCAGGAAAAUGCAGAAGAAGUCGUUCGCCCAGCUCGAGGACCACAUCGACCAGCUCGGCGUCGACACCGAGGAGAUCAACCUGCGCGGCCGCGCCCAGGUGCGCGAGCCCACUCGCGGCCGCUCGCUGGCCCGCAGCCGCAACGCCACCGAGGACCCCGACGCCAUGGAGGUGGAUACUCCCAAGAGCGCCGCCGAGCGUCUUCGCUCUCAGAGCCGUCCGGCCCAGCGUGGCCAGGGCGCGACGAACAGGCGCGACGACGGUGUUACUGGCGGUGUGGGUAUGGACGGGGAGACGGCCCGUUCCAAGGCCGAGAGGGUGGCCAAGCUCGGCCAGCGCAAGAUGAACAGGAUGGCCAGGGCCGGCGAGGCCGACAGGCAUAUUGGUCAAACCAUGCCCAAGCAUUUGUUCUCUGGCAAGCGUACUGUUGGCAAGACACAGCGUCGUUAAUUGGAUCCAUGUUUUGGUCAUGGCGUGGGGGGUGUCUCGUCUCAUCUUUUGGCGGUUGUGUUCUCCUUCUCUGCUACUGUUUCUUGGGCAAAUGAUUCCAUAUAUCUGCGUCAUCGGUCUUUUUAUCAUGUUUAUAACGUAGACUACUACUACCAUCUCGAGGCGUUCUUGGGCAAAAUGGGAAACAAAAAAAGGAUGUCAACAAUAACAUACUACUACGUAUUGUACUCAUCGGGCAAGUUUAUGUCUUGCGUCUUGUCUUGUUGCUUUUUGUAUUUGUUGGCAAUACCCAAGUCAGAUAGUAACAACUCAUCUAAGCUCA